AUGGCGCCCAACCCGCAAGAAGCCCCGCCCAUGAUGCCGUCUCAAGAGAGGAAGGAGAUGGAGGGACCCGUCGAGCGGCAGGGAUCUCUGAGCGCCUUGCAGCGCGUCGUGCAGGCGGCGAACGGCGUCAAGCAGCUCGGCCUCUUUGCCUCGCUCCUCGCAACGACCACGCUGCCUGCCAACCGUGUCUGGACCGCGGCCAACGCAGGCGACGACAUGCUCAUGCUGCAGCACUUGGCGGGUUUGCCCAACGACGCCGCCCAACUGCGCCCUGUGCUCGA